AUGUCGCAACCGUCGUUUUACCAACCGCAGCGCAUCAGUGGCCUUAUAUCGCGCCUGGUGCCAAGCGGUGGCACGGUCGGUAUCACGAACAACGGUGUGAUCAGUACCUCGGUGAUGAACGUCGCCGUGCUGCCAUCAUCCAAGACUCUGCAAGUAGUGCAAGUUACAGCUUUGCCGCAGAUCACCACGGCCUCAGCCGCCACACCCAGCACCUCCUCGUUCGCCUCCGUUUUCGAUACCCCGCCGACCGCCGCCUCAGCUGCAGCCGCCGUGACCAGAGGCCAGGAAGUGGCAGCGCAAGACCCGAUCGACCUACAAAUUCGCAACGUCGUCUGUAUGUUCAGUGUAUGCUGCCACGUCGAUCUGCGUCUGCUGGCGAUGAACUCUUGUCACGUCAUGUACGAACGAGCCAAGGGGGUGAGCACUAAGCGCAGGCGCGUUACUUCUCAUUUGUAA